GUGGCGCACGGCUUCAGUUAGACCACUUUCCGUUCAUUGUCCAGUUUCGCAUUUCUCUCCUCUCUCCCAAACAAGAAUAAUCAUCAAGAAUGGCAUCGUGUGGAUCCCGAGUAAGGGCACCACCGGCAUUGACACUGGUGCUGCUCCUAGGCCUAGCUGUGGUUCUUCCGUCAUGCCACACUGCCAGUAUCGACAUGCGCACCUUCAGGUGCGGUGCUUCCACGUAUCUCAGUGGUGACCAUGGCGUCACACUGGACAGCGCACGCCAGAGCUGCCUGAACGCCAACUCUACUCUGCUCAACCAUCUCUUUCUGGCUACUCUGAGCGCUGAGGAGCGCGGCUGUGUGCUCAACAGGGCUAAUCCUAUUUGGAACGUCGACGCCAACGACAGGCAGUAUGCGUUUGAUGCGGCCCUGGGCGUUCAAGACUUCACUAUUCCCCAGAAUGAUGAACAAGUAUUUGGUUUUGUUUGUCUUCCAACCAACUACAAGUCGCUGAUGGCCAGCUCUGCUCCAGCUGUGGACACCAGGAGCGAAGUGCUCCGAUGCAGAGGCUUGCCAGAGGUCUACAGCUGUAACGACCAGGUCAACAUUCCAGACCGUGAGCCAUUUAACCUUUGUCUGCCGCGAUGCUCAAACCAAGCACCAUUUCCACCCACACACAAUUUCACCGCAGGAGAAUACCGUGUAACUAUCACCGAACUCAGUGUCACUUCUCCAGUGGCUAGAUCCCAGUGCAAGCUCCAGGGUUUGAAACUGAUGCGAUACAAGGAUUUACCAAGUCUUAUCGGUCACCCACAAUUCGCUGUAAAGCUCAAUUUCGGUGGCAUGAGUGAUAUCUGGAUGCUGAACAAGGGCAGGAAAAUCGCCAAGUAUGCUCUCAGGAACCCUCAGCUACACUUACCUGUAAACGUACUGCGCCACUCGACCGUGAGUGCAAGCGGCUUUGUCUGUAUCAAAGAUAUCAGUCCUGAUCGAUGCCUUGGAGAGCAGCUGUGUCCCGAGAACCACAAAUGCGUCUCAACUUCAAAGGGCUACGAGUGCAGAGGCAUCAAUCGUUGCGUGGCGGUAGAAGAGACUUGCAAUUUCAUAUAUCCAGUCUGUGUCAACUCGGAUAUUGGCUUUAAGUGUGAACGUGAGCCUGCGCCUGCUGUUGUUCCCGGUUACCAUGCUAAUUUUCAAUUCCCCCUCGCUGCACCCUAAGCAUCCCUAAAAUGUGUUGUACAAGGAGGAAAACUUCAUUCUGCCAGCGGAGAGGGAUGGACACAAUAACGUGGAGUACUAUAAGUCGCCUGAUGAUUGCAUAUAGCAAAAACCAAAUCUGUAGACCUCCGUUGUGUCUUUUGUGUGUGAAUUAUUUUGUGUGUGAAUUAUUUUCUGUAGAUUAUCUUGUUUUUGUCCUCUAACUAUGCUACGCUCUCUGUAGAUUUGCACUUCCUACUGUGCACAGAAUGUACUUUCUGUUCUCAUUCUCUCGUGAAUGGCUAUGAAUAAAGACGGCCAUUGAACUCGGA